CUUCAUAAUGCGGGCGAAUAUCUACAACUUACCUAACCAAUCAUUUUCAUAGAGGUAGCUAGGUAUUCAACAAUACCUUCGUAAAAUGAGCUGACUCAUAUAUACCCUUAAUUCCAUCUGUAUCAAAGAACCGAGCUACAAUGGCAGAAAUGGAAAUUGACACCGAGGCGGCCUCGAAGCCGAAAGCGAUCGAAGUCGACAGCGAGAACGACAACGACGCCGACCCCAUAAUCGCCAGCUACGACAUCUACGCGAACCCCCCUCUCCCCGAGAACCGCAAGCUGCUCGUCCUGCAGCACCCGAACAGACAAGGCCCCGUGCGCGCGCCGUACAAGCAGAUCAGCGAGGUGCGCGUCAAGAACAAAGCCGGCUUCAUCGAGGUCGACGUGCCCAUGAGUCACGGCCACGCCGACUACGACCGCGACAAGGGGCUGCGCUGGGGUAGUGCCCUGGCGCGCAGCACCGCGGCCAAGAACGGCGGGUCCCACGGUCUCGCCGGCGGCUUCGGCGUCGGCGUCCCUGCUAGAGGCGCGGCGGCUGGAGGGGGUCGCGGCGCAGCGGGAAAGCGCCCGGAUGAUUUGGAGCGGGAGCUCAGCAUGCUCGAUUGGAGCGAGGCUGUGCGCCAGGACAAGGUUCUUAGGACGCAGACCCUGGGCGGCCAGUUCGCGAUCGAGAAGGAGACGAAUUGCAGAUGGAUGGUUGGCGUUUUCAAAGGAGAUCAAUUACAUCUGACCCCCGUCUCGUCCCUAAUCCACCUGCGCCCGCAAUUACACCACCUCGAUGCCUACACCGAACAGGAACGCCUAAGCCGUCCGCGCGAGGGCAUGGCGGCACCAGGCCCGGCCGCGGGGACAGGCAAAGAAAGUGGCGCGACUGCCAGUGGAACACAAGGAGGUGCCGGUGCGGCCAAGGCGAUCCACAUGUCGAUUAAGAGUGCGGGGGGCACUGAAAACGGGGAGCUGGUAGUGGACACAAUGAUCGAACGUCUGCGUAAGGUACAGACCGAGCCAUGGUCCAAGCUCAAAUACGAAGAUGAAGACAGCGACAAAGCUUGGCACAUGUUCACCAACUAUCUCGUAUACCCGGGAGCGGCUAAUCCCAAAUCCCUGGUGGACGCGAAGGGCAAGGGGAAAGAAAAAGAGACGGCGAAGCCGAGUGCGAUGGAAGACGACGCGUCGAAGGACAAGUUCAAAGCGCAGUGGAGCGAGGAAGAAUUCCUUUCCCAUAUUCGAGGCCCUUGAUAAUACAAGAGGGAUGCAAAAGCGUUUCCAGUUACGUGUUGUAUUAUGGCUAGCAGUAGCUUGAAGAAUGGCUGAUAGGGAGAGAAAGAUGCGAAACCCGAAGAUAAUGUGGACGUCGGAAUUCAAGAGCCUAACUAAGGUUAAGGCGAUUGGUUAAUCGGGCACGCACGGAAGUUGGGAGGUCACGACUAUCAAGCCGGCUAAUACGUCUGCAACCCAGGAGAGGUGUAAGGGGCAAACCCGUAGGUUAGGUUAUAUUGCAUUGCUCGGCGUCAACGACUGAUUUUCUGGCACACUUGGUAUUCGUAUGGCUUUAACAAUA